CUCUAUUUCAGGGAAAAUAUUAUAUUCCAGUCUUAUAAUCUGAUCAUAAUAUCUCUAGAAGGGUCAGUUUUUUCUUUCUUCUUGUUCAAAAACAUAUACCAAACUUAUCAGCAUAUAUACAUCUUAUUUGCUUUCUUCUGAUUCUUGCAUCUGGGGUCUGCCCAUUUUAUCAUAUCUUUGCUGAAUUGUCCUUUAAUUUCCUUUUAAUUUUCUAGCUUGAGCCCUUUUGUUUUGUCUAUCCAAUUCACCUGAAAAAGUGGGGUUGGAGUUCAAAAAAUUAAUUCUUUACAUUUUGUCUACCCAAUUCACCCUAAUUCCGAUUUUUGUUGCAUAGAGCCCGUUAAAAGAGGCAGUGCUCUCGCUAUCUACCGGCAAUUUUUCCAUUCCUAGAGCUUGAACUCGAGACUCGAUUAAGGGUGGAGGGAUUUCAUUCAACCCCUUUGGAGGUGUGUUAAGCUAAUUUCUUGGAUUCUUUUAUGAUAUGGGAGUAAUGGAGGUUGAGGAAAAGCUGAUUGCAGCUGCACAGCGGAUUGCGAAAGCAUUGGAAAAGAAACAGAAUUUAACAAAUGAUGCAAGAAAAAUUCUGGUUGAUUUAGGUUCUCAGUUGUCUUCCAUAACCAAAUUGAGUGAAAACAAACAUGAGAAAUUUUCUGGUGAAAUUGAAGACACUGUAGAGAAGUUCAGUGAGCUUGAAGAGCAGCUUAACAUAGUUCAAAAUAAGGUGAUGAGCUGGGAAGUGGAUCAAUCUGUUAUAUGGGAUUGUGGUCCUGAAUAUGCAGAUGAUUAUUUGAGGUCUGUGGAUGAAGCUCGAAAACUGAUUGAACGGUUAGAGAGUUUGAAUGUGGAUAAAGAUGGUAAAGAGGAUGAGCUUUUGUGCAGGGCUCAUGAGGUUAUGCAAAUAGCGAUGAAUCGUCUUGAGGAGGAGUUUAGGCAUUUGCUUGUUCAUAACAAGCAGCCUUUUGAGCCUGAGCAUAUGUCUUUUCGUUCAAGCGAAGAUGAUGAGGGUUCUAUUGUUUCAUUUGGCGAUGACUCGGUAGAGGAUGUGGUUCAAAGAGAUAGUAUGAGUAGGCGCUCGGAGGAAUAUGUCGUUGAACUUGUGCAUCCGGAUGUGAUUCCUGACCUAAGGUGCAUUGCCAAUUUGAUGUUCAAUUCAAAUUAUGGCAGAGAAUGUUCUCAAGCAUUUAUCAGUGUUAGAAAGGAUGCAUUGGAUGAUUGUCUAUUGAUUCUUGAAGCAGAGAAGUUGAGCAUAGAGGAUGUGAUGAAGAUGGAAUGGAACUCAUUGAACUCCAAAAUCAGGAGGUGGAUACAGUGUAUGAAGAUCUUUGUGCGCGUUUAUCUUUCCAGUGAAAAAUGGUUAAGUGAUCAGAUUUUUGGUGAUCUUGAUUCAGUUAGUUCGGUUUGCUUUGCUGAAUCUUCAAAAGCUUCAAUACUGCAUCUUCUGAAAUUUGCUGAAGCAGUGGCUAUUGGAUCUCAUCAACCGGAGAAGUUGAUUCGGAUUCUUGACAUGUAUGAGGUGCUUUCAGAUCUUAUCCCAGAUAUAGAUGCUAUGUACUCUGAUGAUGCUGGAUUAUGUGUUAGAACCGAGUGCCAAGACAUCCUCGGAAGCUUGGCCGAUUGUGCAAGAACAACAUUUCUUGAAUUUGAGAAUGCUGUUGCAUCCAGCAUAUCGACGAAUCCUUAUCCUGGUGGUGGAAUACACCCUCUCACGAGAUACGUUAUGAACUACAUGAAAACUCUUACAGAUUAUAGCAAGAUCCUUAACGUGCUUCUGAAGGACAACGAGCAAGAAGAUUUGGUGGCAAUUUCACCAGAGAUGACACCGGAUACGGAAGAGGACAACAGUAACAGAAUUUGCUACAUUUCUCCACUGGCUCAAUAUUUUCGAUCCUUCACUUCAAUGUUGGAAUGCAACCUAGACGAUAAGUCCAAGUUAUACAAGGAUGAAUCACUAGGUCACCUUUUCUUGAUGAACAAUAUUCAUUACAUGGCUGAAAAGGUGAAGAAUUCUCAUGAUCUAAGAACAAUACUAGGCGAUGAUUGGAUUCGCAAACAUAAUUGGAGAUUCCAACAGCAUGCAAUGAACUACGAGAGAGCUACUUGGAGCUCCAUACUUUCGUUACUUAGGGACGAAGGGCUUCAGAAUCCAGGCUCGAAUUCUAUCUUUAAAACUCUGCUCAAAGAGAGACUGCACAGCUUUUAUCUUGCAUUUGAUGAAUCUUACAAGAGCCAAACAGUUUGGUCAAUACCUGAUUACCAACUUCGUGAAGAUCUUCGAAUCUCAAUAUCUCUCAAAGUUAUUCAAGCAUACAGAACAUUUAUCGGAAGGCAUACGAACCAUAUUAGUGACAAAUACAUUAAGUACAGUGCCAAUGACUUGGAGAAUUUCUUGUUGGAUCUAUUUGAGGGAUCUCCAAGAUCAUUACAUGGUUCUCACAGGAAGUGAGGUUAAUGUAAUAAGAGAUUUCUGUCAUCAAGAUUUUUUCAUUCUCAAUUUGUUAUUUAGAUUGUAAAUGAUGUCCAUUUUAUAAUAGGUUGAUUGUUUCACUUUUGUAUUUUUCCAAAGUGAAAAAGAUCUCACAGAGUUAUUUAUU